GGGUAAAUAACAAGGAGGACCAUUCAGCGUCUUGGACACAAUAAAGGCUUUGCAUGCCACUGCCUCCAUCACCACCACCAGUCUCUCUCUCUCCUCCUCCCCCAUUCCAAUGCUGCAGCCAAGGCAAGAGUUGGACUUCAGGCAAAUGAAUAGCAGGUUUGUUCCAGGAACUGCACUUUCCCUCCCACCCAGCAAAUGCUCUGGAGAAUCCAGAAGGCUACCGAGACUUGAUCUCUUGUGUGGGUUCAAGAGGACUAAGGAGAAAACCUGGGAAGACUAAAGAUGGGAUCGGAAGGAGAAAUGAUCAACCUUCACUCUUCCAGGUAUGAGGACUACCUGCCACCAUCCUACAAAUCAGUGGUUUACAGUAAAAUGGGUUUGUGGGUUGGGACACGUUUCUCCAAAUAUAUUCAUGUCUGCAAUUCUGCCUACUGCACAUUCAUUUUGGGCAACAAAAGACUUAAUGCCUCUAACCCUGGCUUCACUGGGGAAAGUGUAAUCAACAUAAACCAUUAUGCUACCAAGAAAAGUAUGGCAGAGAGCAUGCUGGACGUGGCCCUCUUUAUGGCUAAUGCUGCACAGCUGAAGGCAGUCCUGGAACAGGGACCUUCAUUCCACUAUUAUGUGGCUCUGAUAGUUCUCAUCAGUGUGUCCCUCUUCUUCCAGAUGACCAUUGGGAUUCUCCUUAUAGUGAUGGUUCGACUGAAUCUGAAUGAUGUGGCAAAACAGCAGCUCCUGGACUUGCUCAACAAUGUUACCACGGUCCUCGUUUUCAUCACAGUCAUUAUCAACAUCUUCAUUACAGCCUUUGGGGUGCAGAAGACAGGGCUGUAUCCAAACACUUAUGGACGAAGGUUCUACUGACUCUUGAAGGGGAUGGUGUACACGGCAGAUGACCGAGAGAUCUUUCUGCAGACCUCAAGCCUGAAGGGCACCCUUUGAUUUUGUUCCAUUUAUAAGCUCCCUUUUUUCUCUCAACCUUUUUCUAAUCUAUCAUUCCAUAACCAGCUCUACACAUCAUUCUGGAGAAAGAUUGCAUACAACUAAAAGCAGUGUGAAAUCCAAAUUUUUUUAGUACCGGUUCUGUGGCUUGGUGGGCAUGGCAGGGGAAGGAUACUGCAAAAUCUCCAUUCCCACCCCACUCCAGGGGAAGGAGACUGUAAAAUCCCCAUUUCCUUCCCACUCCUGGGGGAAGGAUAUUGCAAAAUCUCCAUUCCCACCCCACUCUGGGGCCAGCCAGAGUUGGUAUUCACUGGUUCUCCGAACUACUCAAAAUUUCCACUACCGGUUCUCCAGAACCUGUCAGAACCUGCUGAAUAGCACCCCUGAACUAAAGCAACCUGAUGAGAAAAGGCACAAUCCUAAACAUAAACAGUCCAAAUCCCCAAAUGCCCCACUAUCUAUAUAGACAUGGGAAACCUAUUUCCAUGUACAGUUGUUGAAAUCCAGUCUCAGACAGCAUGGCCAAUAGUUUGACAUGAUAAGAAUUAUAUGGUAGCUGGAGGACAGUAAGUUCCCCAUUGCUGAAUUAUUGCACAUUCCGGGACACAUUUAAACAGAAUAACAGAGUUGGAAGGAACUUUGGAGGUCUUCUAGCCCAAGCCCCUGCUUAGGUAGGAAACCCUACACCACUUCAGACAAAUGGAUAUCCAACAUCUUAAAAACCUCCAGUGUUGGAGCAUUGACAACUUCUGGAGCAAGUUGUUCCACUGAUUAAUUGUUCUGUCAGGAAAUUUCUCCAUCCUUGUUAUUAUACCAGUUUUUCAAAGUGCAAAGAUACAGUUUCAGGAUCACAGAUUUUAGGGACCUUUUCAGCAACUACUAUGAAUAUUUUAGGAUGUUGUGCAAUUAGUUUUUUUUUCAGGAAAACUUACUGUAUCAAUCAGAACGCUGGGAAAUGAGACAUAGUGUUGUGGCCCGUCAGCAGCCCGUGCAGCUUGUAGCUGAUUCCAACAGCGAGGAGGCUGGUGUGGUGCUGGCACUCGAGUCAGACAAUGAGGAGGCUGGAGAAGAUGUGGUGCCAGAGGCGGGGAUUCAGCCAGGGCCUUCAGAACCUCCAGAAGCUCCCAUAAGUGAAGAGGAAGAAGAGGAGGAACCUCUUCUCGAUGCACAGGAGCACAGAGCUGCCAAAAGGCAGGAGUGGCUCCUCAAGAGGAGGUCUCCUCGAGAGUAAGGCUUGGGGCUAAUUGGCCACUCCCUUAGCCUAUUUAAGGAAGCAAUUUGCAGGGAACAACUUCAUUCAUUCUUCUUCGCGUCUUGAUCUUAGUUCUCUACAAAUUGCUUCUGGGCUUUCUGCCAACCAUAGUAAGAUUGCGAUUAUUUAUUCUUUGGAUUCUUGUAGGCUGUUAAAAAAGUUAAUUAACAGCUUUUGUUUGAAAAAGACUGAUUUAAUUUAGUAAACUAAGGUCUGUACAGACUUUGUUUGUGCUGUGUUCUUUGGGGUCCGUCGCUGGGGCAGAACACAUUAUUCUAGAACAGGGGUGGGCGACUAUGGCAACUUUACACUCAGUGGCCUUAGAUUUAGAUUUUUCUGAGCCAGCCAUGCUGUCUCUGGAAUUCUGGGAAUUGAAGUCCACAGGUCAUAAAGUUGCUAUAGCUACUCACCCUUGUUUUAGAGUCAUUGUUCUGACCUAGGCUUCUCAAGAGCAUAAAGCAGACUCCUUGUCCUGACAAAAAACCCUUGUUAUUAAGUUACUGUGAAUUCUUCUCAUUCACAUCCAGCAAAGCCUUUCAAGGGGGAAUUUACAGUCACAGACUUUAUCUGGCUUGGAGAGCUGCCAGGCCGAUAUCUUCAAAACUUGGCAAGGAGUCUCAGAGAGUCACAAACCAAUUAAGCGAACUAAUUGUCUCCUGCAAACUCACCUCCCCUUUCACUCCUCUUUAUUCCCUAUGGGAGAGGCCAUUCAUCAUCCACCUGUGGCCUUACUCCCAAGUCGACCCUUGUCGUUUAGCUGUUCCCUUCAUCUGGCAAUUCUGUGCAUGUGCACACUGGGAACAGGUUCCAUCUGUUCAUCUGCCUCACUGACAUCUGACUCCGAAGGCAGCUGAUAACUGGCAUAGGGCCCUGGCCCCCUCUCUGCCUCGGAUGCAGAGCCCUCAUCAGAGCCUUCCCCAGACUCCAGGACUGGCCCAUGUUCCUCCCCAACCUCCCCACUAUCCAAAUCUGCUGCCAGCUCUGCUGGCUGCUGGCCAGCCACAACAGUCAUAGAGGCUUCCAAGCAAACAUGAACUCCCUUCCAAUUGCGAUGUCCCGAUUAGCCAAAAUCCCAUGUCAUUUGCAGGGUGGAGGGAAAAGCAGCCUUGCAUAUGAACCUUAAUUUUAAAUUUGUAUUUUUUAGUAAUAUUAUCAUUUUGUUAAAAUACAGGUCAGUGAAGCCUUGCCUUUAUACGUGAUACUGUACAUGCCCUACAGUAUCUACCGGUAGUAAAUAAGCCACAGUAUAAAUUUUGGCUAACUUUAGUAAUAAGGUUUAUAAGUAUGCACAUUAUUUUAAGACUUUUCAGAUUAAUCUUCUUUUGCCAAGAAUGAAAGGCUCUGGAAACUUGUUUUGUAUUCUACUUUUAUGUUAUUUGAAAAAGGCAGUUGGGUUGUCACAGUUGCAACUGGGACAUUCUUUGAUAGUCCAAAUAUUAUUUACUUUCUCUUUAUAUAUUAAAAUAUGUCUUACGCAAAGGCGUUCUUUGGUUUCUAUGCAUUAUGGCUAGGUUAAAAAAACAAAGUUUUUAGAGCUGCGUAUGGGUUUAGAUUUCAGUGAGUGUAGGAUAGUAUAAACCAGUCAGGGGUGGGUUCUACUUACCUUUACUACCGAUUUGCAGCAGGAGCGCGCGCACUUCUGAGCAUGCACAGAUCACCCAUGAUGACGUCGCGGCAGGUGGGUGGAGCCUCCCACCGAUUUUACUACCGGUUCUAUAGAACCGGACAGAACCGGGAGCAACCCACCACUGAAAACAGUGUUUCUCAACCUUAGCCGCUUUAACAUAUGUGGACUUCCCAGAAUUCCCCAGCCAGGAUGGGCAAAAUUAAUUUGAUCUGGAAGUGAAGACAGGGUUUAUAUUUCCUACUUCUUUCAGAGGGUGUCUCUAUACUGAGGCUACUGGAUAUUCCUGAACCGUGGUGGAAUGCUAUGUGUAUGAGGUCAUUUUUCAGGAGGCAACUGGACUUUCUUGUUUUUUUUUUUCUUUGAAGACGCUUCUCUUCUCAUCCAAGAAGCUUCUUCAGCUCUGACAGUACAAUGAGGAAUGGAAGGAUUUAUAUUCCUUGCAGACAGCUGAUCAUUUGCAUCCUUUUAGAGGGUCUUUGAAGCACUUGGAGGUUUAUCUGUGUCCUCAGGGUCACCUGAGUUCCUGUAGUCUGCAAUUUUUUCCCCUCUGGAAAUCCAUUCCUACUACCACACCUUCUAAAAGGAUGCAAAUGACCCUCUGUCUGCAAGGAAUAUAAAUCCUUCCAUUCAGUGGUGGGAUCCUGCCAGUUUUAACAAAACUAACCUUCCAUAUUACUUUUGGGGAGUAACACAGUUAAGGCGGAACAAUCCGUUCUGCUGCACGAAUCAGCUGAGAGGAUAAAAAUAAGUAAAGUGCAGGGGCUGAUCGUCAGAGCAAACUGAUUGGCUCCCAGCUGAUCGGCGGAGCUACUGAUUCGCCCGAACCGGCUGAAUCCCACCCCUGCUUCCAUUCCCCACUAUCCUGUCAGAGUUGAAGAAGCUUCUUGGAUGAGAAGAGAAACGUCUUAAAAGAAAAAACAAGA